ACGGGGGUGAUGUGUCAGGUGGGUAUGGGGGGUAGCCUACAAAAUGAGAGCCCGCUGCGCUGGACGAGCAGAUGUGAGCGGAGCGCUGUGCGGGAGAGACGCGCCACGAUAAUUAGUCGCAAAUAUAUUUACGGGAAUAACAGAAUUAUGAGGAUUUGAGGCCGAAAUCGCCAGAAUCCAGUGUCAUACUAAGUUAGGAGUCUUCACUCUUCGGGUCGCCGUUCUCUAACAUAUGGAGAUAUGGGGAUAGACCGGCGGCGGAGAGCAUCGCUGGCUCUCACCUUGAACUUUCUCGCCUUGUUUCUGGCCGUGUCGGCUCUCACUACCAGCUACUGGUGCGAGGGGACCCGCAAAGUGGUGAAGCCAUUCUGCACCGGUCCGGUCACCACCAAGCAGUCCUUCUGCAUCAGGUUCAACAGCUCCAAUAUCAACGACACGCGGCUGGUGCAGUACAUCUGGGAGACAGGGGAGGAUAAGUACGUGAUGAGGACGUUUCACACCGGCAUCUGGUUCUCCUGUGAGCAGAACAUCAACAUGACCGGUGAAAAAUGCAGAAGUUUCCUUUAUGUUGCACCUUCAAAUGAAAGAGGAGUGCUGUGGCUGUGCAUUGUGGCAGAGUGCCUGUACAUCCUCUUGCUGGCCACCGGGGGCAUCCUCAUGUCCAUAGAGGUGUGUCACUUUGGCAAUGUCAUCGACGGUCUCAAGCUCAAUGCCUUCGCUGCCAUAUUCACUGUGCUCUCAGGUCUGUUGGGUAUGGUGGCUCACAUGAUGUUCACCACAGCCUUCCAGCUGACUGUCAGCCUGGGUCCAGAGGACUGGAAACCUCAAACAUGGGACUAUAGCUGGUCAUACAUUCUGGCAUGGAGUUCCUUCACAGCCUGCAUGGCAUCCUCAGUCACCACCAUCAACCGCUAUACCAAAACCAUCCUGGAGUUUAAGCACAAGCGUAGGAACAUUGAGAAGAACCUGAAGAUCAAGCAGAAGCUGUUGGAGCUGGACUCUCCGGACCAGGUGUGGGACAUGUACAUCAGCUCGGUGCCUAGCACUGCAGAGGAGCUCCUGGAUCUGUCGUCCGGCGACCGCAAACUCUCCAACACCUCCAUCUUCCUGGACCUCAACGACCUACCUGACGCACAGGGAGAGGAGUACUGCUAGUUGAGCAGCACGUAGCAUUUUCAUACAUCAACAGUUCAUAGUCAUGUUCAGUGUGAUACACUGGUGUAAUUACUGCAAACAAAGUAAGGCCACACUUGGGAGCACUGGUGAUUCUUAAAGCUACUGUGCAUAUCAUUCAUACAUUUGACAAAUUAGGAUCUUACGUAAUUGAUAUGACUAAUCUGUUAGCAAACAGUUGCUUUUUAAACAUAAAACAUUUUGACAAACCUUGUUCAAAGCCACAGAAGUUUAUUUUAAAGGUGCAUUAAACAGAUUUUUCCAAGCUUUGCCCACAUGUACAAACAAGUAACACUGGUUUCUGUGCAACAGGCUGAGACCAGUGUGCAGGGGCUGUCCACAAAGUGCAACACCGAAAAUAUUAAAUAACCUAAAUAACUCUUAUGUAGUGUAGUAGGCCUACAGUCAAAUUCAGUUCAGCCAUCAGCAGCCUCUUGUUGGUACUAUUAAGACACUACAUUUUUUGCAUAAUUUUGGGGAAUUGUUAUUACGAAAAGUAUUCAGUAACUUCACUCCUACACUGUAGAUUCAUCACAGUCACAUUACUUUCAGUCUAUCUUAAUUUUUGUUGUCUUUUUUUACUGGUUUUACCUCGCUAGGUUACAACAGUAAUUAGCUAAGGAGCAACAAGUUAGCACCUGGUUACAACAGUAGCUAGCAACAUGUGGAGCAGCAGUAGCUGCAUGACAACUGCUGAGAACUGUCCUGUUGUUAUGGGCCAAUAAAGAGUGAUAAGGAAAAAUGCAGCACAAACAGAAAGUGCCAACAUUCAGCAAAGUUACAGCAUUUUUACCCCAAAAAGGAUAAAAAGAUCAUCAUUAUUUAGAUUUACAGCAUGAUGGGACCUUUUAAGAUGUGAGCUAAAGUAGAAAUGAAGCUGAAAUAACAUUGCUGAGCCCAUCACAUUGGCUCUACAGUUGGCAGUGUUAGUAGGUGUUAACUUAUAGUGUUAAUGCACAUCUAAUGCAGAUGUACAGUAUAAUUACUGUACAUCUGUCCAAGUAAUGCUGUUGUGAAGGGUCACUGCUUAAAUCUUCAUUCAUUCAUAUACUGUAUAUGUAUAUAUGUGCAUUGCUGGACAGCCCAGUGAUAAGGAGUUCACACUGAUUGGUACACUGAUGACAAGCUGCCUCCCACAUGUGGACUAAAUUGCAUUAGGUAGCAUAAAACACAUUUGGACAGCUGUUAUUCCAUGUACUACUAUAGAAUUCAAUGUUUUUGUGUCUCACUAUAGAAGAAGAGUUUUCACUGAACUCAGAUGAGGCAUUGUAGCAACGAAGGGUGAAGGUGAUGAUUGCUGCUUCACCCACAGAGGGAUAAAAGAUGAUGUUAAUGCACAGGAUGAUGGUUACAUGGAUGGAAGAUGCCUAUCGGCCACGCUGAGUGCCUUUACUUACAGUAGCAUGCUCUGCGCUCACAACAUUUUAACAGGGGUGAUGCUGUUUCUCUCCAGCUAAUAACCACUUUAAAGGAAACAUGCAGCUGUCUGUGCAAACUGCCAAAAGUCACCAGUGAGAGGAGCAUGCCUCUUCUGAAGCUCUGUUAAUGUUUACUUGAUAAUGGGGUACUUUUGUUAAGUAGUCACAGAACUGUACUGGUAGAAAGACUCAGAGUACGAUUGUUGCUAUUCACAGUACUUUUAAGUGCAUUUGAAAAUGUAUAUUUGUGUACGUUAUUUAUACGUUCAAAAUGAAAUGUAGUGUAGACAAGUUUAGCAUUUAUUUGUUUUUGUUUUUUAUCACCCUGGGUUGCAGUGAAGCAUGAUUUGUUGUGUCUUUAUGUGUAUGACUUAUUUACAGUGGCACUUUUUUGUGUAGUGUUGUUUAGUUACUUUUGUGAAUAAUUAUUUGCAACAUAAUAUGUGAAUAUAAAAACAUUUCUAUGAGGAGAUAUCAUUUAAAGCUG